AUGUGGCUUUGCUCUCUGCUUUCCACCCUCAUGGGAGCUCUUUCUGGGGCUGCCCUUUCUGGGCCAACAGGCUGGCGGCUGCAAGAGAAGAACAAACGCUUUGACCGUCCUGGGGACGUGGUGAUUGGGGGCAGCUUCUCCAUCUUUCACUUUGAUAACAUCACCCUGUUUGAUUUCACCACUCCACCGGCUAGGUUGGCAUCUAACUCACUUUCCAGGUGGAACUACCUGGUGGCCCAGAGUUUUGUAUUUGCCAUUGAGGAGAUCAACAGGGAUGCCCGCCUGCUGCCCAACCUCACGCUGGGCUUCUCCAUCCGGAAUUCUUGGAACUGUGUGCACGGAGCCCUCCAUGAGAUGAUGGGCUUUCUCACGGGGCAAGAGGAGCCGAUUCCGAACUACACGUGUCAGCUCAGCAUUCCCCGCGUUGCGCUGGUUGGAGACACUCGGUCAGUCUUGUCUGUUGCUAUGGCCAGGCUUCUGGGGCUCUACAAAUUUCCCCAGGUCAGUUACUCAUCCACUCUGGCCAGCCUCAGUGACAAGACCCAAUUUCCAUCCUUCCUUCGGACCCUGGCCAGUGACGUUAUGUUCUCCCAUGCAAUCACCCAGCUGGUGAUCCACUUCCGCUGGUCCUGGGUGAACAUUCUGGCACAGGAUGAUGACUUUGGGCAGCAGGGCAGCUCUCUGGUGACCCAGGAGUUAACCCAGGCUGGCAUCUGCAUCGAGUUCCACCUCUACAUUCCCUUCAGGCAGUCCCUGAAGAAGAUCAACGCCAUUGUCCAGAAGAUGGAGAGCUGCACUGCUACUGUUGUUCUGGUUUUCCUGAACAACUUGAAUUUCCAGCUCGUCCUGCAGGGUUUGCUGGGCCGCGGUGUCUUUGGUAAGGUCUGGGUCAGCAUAGACACGCUGCACACAGCACUUGCUCUCACCAUGCCAGGCAUCUCCCAGGUCCUACAGAGCACAUUCAGCCUUCUGCAGCACAGCAUCCAGGUCCCUGGCUUUCCUGAGUUCCUUGCUCGCCUGCAUCCCUCCCGGACACCAGAAGACAUGUUCAUGGAGAGGUUCUGGGAGGUCAAUUUCGCAUGCACAUGGCCUCACAAGAACCCAGGGCCAGCGGGGAACAGCACAAUGGUGGGGGAAGUCCAGUUCUGCUCAGGGAACGAGAGCCUGAGCAGACAGGAAUAUCCUUUCCAGGAAGUGAGUCGGGUGGACGCAGCUUACUCAGCAGUCUACAGCAUUGCCCAUGCCCUGCAAGAUCUGGUAGUCUGUGAGAAUGGGGAUGGGCUGUGUGCAGACAUUUGGCACUUCCAGCCCUGGCAGCUUCUUCAUUCCCUCAGGAAUGUGCAAUUCAAGACCCCUGAUAGGAGAGAGAUCAAGUUUGAUGUCAAUGGAGAUUUAGUGACAGAGUUUGACAUUCUUUAUGGGCAGAAGACCACCGAGGGACUAUUUCACUUUUUCCACAUAGGAAAAAUUCACCCAAGGGCCUCUCUAAAGGACAGAAUGACAGUCCACUUGAUGAAGGAGGAGCUCCAGGUCCCCAGCUCUGUCUGCAGCAGGAGUUGUGCUCCAGGAUUCAGCCAGAUCCCCCGACAGGGAUUCCCCCACUGUUGUUUCGAGUGCAGCCCCUGCCCUGAAGGACAGUUUGCAGACCAAAAAGACGUGAAGAGAUGUCUUCUAUGCCCUGAGGAGCAGUACUCGAGUCCUACCAGAGACCACUGCCUGCCUAGGAUGGAGACCUUCCUGGCCUUUGACGAGCCCCUGGGACUCACCCUAGCCUCUGUGGCGCUUACACUGGCCAGUGUGGCACUGCUGGUUAUUGGGGUGUUCCUGAAGCACCGGGACACACCCGUGGUCAGGGCCAACAACAGAGCUCUCAGCUACAUCCUUCUUGCCUCACUGACCCUGUGUGCCCUCUGUCCUUUGCUCUUCCUUGGUCGUCCCACUGCUGCUACUUGCCUUCUCCGCCAAACUACCUUUGCUGUCGUGUUCACUGUGGCUAUCUCCUCCGUCCUGGCCAAGACCCUCACAGUGGUCCUGGCCUUCAGGGUCACCAGGCCAGGAGACAGGGUCCGGGUGUGCCUGCGACCUGGUGCCUCCACCUCGGUAGUCCUUGUUGCUUCCUUCAUGCAGAUUGUUCUCUGUGGGGCCUGGCUGGGCAUCUCUCCCCCAUUCCCAGACAGGGACAUGUCCUCCAAACCCCACCACAUUGUCAUCUAUUGCCAGGAAGGCUCUGGUGUUGCUUUCUACUGCAUGCUGAGCUAUCUGGGCCUCCUGGCUGUGGGCACUUUCUCUGUGGCCUUCCUGGCAAGGGGUUUGCCUGAUGCCUUCAAUGAGACCAAGUUCCUUACCUUCAGCAUGCUGCUAUUCUGCAGUGUCUGGAUGGCCUUUCUGCCCCUGUACCACAGUGCACGGAGCAAGUCCACUGUGGCUGUGGAGGUCUUCUCUAUCCUGGCCUCUACUGCAGGGCUGCUCGGUGGUAUCUUUUUUCCCAAGUGCUACAUCAUCCUUCUGAAGCCAGAGCGAAAUGCCCCGGCCUGGUUAAGGCAACGACACCAAACUCAUCUGGAAAGGCAGAGCAAGGCGCUCCGGAGCAGGCGUGUCCCCAGGACCUCACAAGCCUCCUGA